GUUUCAUAUUAUUGACUGAUGACAAAAGUCUGCAACUGCGUUUUUAUAAAGCGGAUUGAUUCGCUUCUAUCUCUCCCAACAUUCCUGAGAAACCAAGAAAAGCGAAUCUAGUGUUAAAGAUGGCGAUGAAGAAGGCUAAAGAGAUCGUUUCUAGCAAUGCGGUCGUUGUUUUCAGCAAGUCUUAUUGCCCAUACUGUGUGAAAGUGAAGGAUCUUUUGAAGAAACUGGGAGCUAAAUUCAUCGCCGUCGAGCUCGACAAAGAAAGUGAUGGUACCCAAGUUCAAUCAGCUCUUGCAGAAUGGACAGGACAACGCACCGUUCCUAAUGUGUUCAUAGGCGGAAAACACAUCGGUGGCUGCGAUUCGGUAACCAACCUGCACAAAAAUCGUAAGUUGGUUCCUCUGUUAACUGUGUUGGAGACGGGGUCCACCCACUCUAAACCCGUUUCAAGAAUCCGGUCAAAUAUCAUAAAAAUUCGACAAGGAGACAACAGGUCCACGGAAGUUGAGGGCCCGUCUCGAGCUAGGAAGACUGUCCAUGCCGAACUGAACACGAUCAAAGCAAAAUCAGAUAGGAGAUCAGGACAUUAAGUAUGGUCGUAAAGAUAUUUGAUACUCUCCAGAGAUCAUGUCGUUAUUAUGAUUCACCAUCAGCACCCAUAAAAGAAGGAACAAGGAGAAAGAGAUGGAAAUCCGAAUUUCUUCAACUCAAAUUGGGAAAAUUCCAUAAAAAUACCCUAACUAAAUUUUGUUAAGCU